AUGGAGUGCACAGCAGCAAUUCAAGAGGAGGCAAAGACGGCUCUAGCAGUAGCAGACCUCGUUUUCUCACCACAAGCGAACCACAAUUUCUCGCGCAUCCUCACGGACCUGAAACGGUCCAAUCUAUCCAUCACCAACCGCCUGCACUCCAUCCAAGAAGACGCCUACUUUGUCUCGGAAGUGACCAGCGCCUUCAACGACCGCCCACUCAUCGCCAACGAGCGCUGCGGCAGCUGGUACAUCGCGCCCCAAAACAAGCGAGGAUCCGCCUACUUUAAAUCUACGGACGGCCACACCGGCCAGUGGAAAUUCAGCACGCGGCGGCUUAACGUGCAUUUGUUGAGUAUUAUUGGAGAAAACGAUGGAUGUAUUAUCGUCGAUUCGACGAGGCGCGGGAAGCGCAUGCCUGAUGCCCUGAGCAAGACGGUUCCGGUUUGGUGUUGUGUACUGAACAGGGCGCUGUUUCCUAACGCGACGGAACGGCAUCGGUUGUACACGCCGCCGAAUGUUGUUUCGGAGAGUGAGCAUGCGCAGGUGGAGGCGAGGAUUGAGGGGUUUGUGGAGUCACUGAAACGGCUUGAUAUUGACCUGGAAGGAUUGCGGGGACAAGUGAAAAGGCCGCUGAGGCCCAUGUGGGUUACGCAAGACUCGCAGCUCGUGCCGACUAAUGAGGUAUUCGAAGAUUUCCAUCCGGUCAUAUGUUGCACUUGCUCGCGCCGGGUUGUGGGGGGCGAGAUGAGUGAGGGGGGUUAUAUCCAAGGUGCUGGGGAUGAUACGGAGAAUUGGGCGCUUGGUCUCACGCCGCCUGUUUUCUGGGAGCAUGAAAAGGAACUGCUUUCUACCCCUGAAGCUGAUCUUCGUGACGUCGUUUUGGCGCUGGUUGAGAGGCACUCGAUUGUUUCUUGUGUCUCUGCUACAAGGCAACUGACCCCAUCCGUGUUCGUGGGCACGCUUUCAGCAGAAUCACCCACGACGCGCACUUGCACCAUCUCUAUCCUACCUCGAGUCACGGACCCAAAUACCUGGGUCAAGACGACCUCGCGCAUGGAGGUUGGUCUCGGUAAACAUAAACUCGCGAGCCGAAACCUCCGCUCUGCUCUUCCACAGAUCUGCGAUUUUGUGCACAACUUUUUCUCGUCUACUCAGCAUAACCCUCCAAAUGCUGCGACCGAGGAAGGAAAAGUCUUGAUCCUCUGCGAAACUGGGAAAGACUUCUCUAUUGGGGUUACGCUGGCGUUGCUAUGUCAGUGCUUCGACGACGAGGGGAGAAAUUUGAAGGCUGGUGGGGGCAAUGACGGGGUGAAUAAAAAUGUCAUCAAGGCUAAGCUGGGUCGUAUAAUGACGGAAUAUCCUGAGGCGAAUCCUAGUAGGGCUACGCUGCAGAGCGUGAAUAGCUUUCUGAUGACGUGA